AUAAAUAUCUUCUCUUGUCACCAUGUAAUGAUAAAAUUUAAACAUUUUCCCUUUCACUCCACAUUGGAACUUUCUCAAGGAUCAUUAGCCUUCUCGCUGUUGGUGUUUGCGGAUAUGAACGUGGAGAUCGAGAAAAAUCCUGUGAGAGGCAUAUCUCAUCUGCAGCAAUUUUCCUGUGGAGUGGGGCAUGUGAUUAAUGAUGUCACUCGCCGCUUGUUGCAGUCAUUCCGAAUGAUUUUUCUCAUGAGAGUUGUUGGCAUUUCUGCAACCAAUGCCGGCUUGAUUACUCUCUACAGUCUUUUUGUCGGUGCAUUAAUAUUUGCUCCAAUGGCAGGUUUUUUAUGUGAUAAGGUUAAGAUUCCGGUUCUGUCACGCAGGCUUGGAAAGAAAAAAUCGUGGCAUUUGUUUGGAACUAUCGCAGCUACAAUCGGUGUUCCGCUAUUUUUCAGCCAAUGUUUAGUUUGUGGCAGUGGAACCAGCGAGUGGGUGGUGUUGUUGUAUUACUUUUCCAUCGCCACCGUAAUCUCAUUUUCCAUCAACUUCGUUGACAUAUCGCACCUGUCUAUUAUUCCGGUUUUGGCAAAGGAUCAAAGUGAGGCCGCUAAGCUUACUGCUUUGAGAACGGGUUUUAUGUACCUAACUGGCAUCGUUUCCUACCUUGUGGCAUGGCUAAUUCUUGGACAAGAUAGCCGUGAUCAGUUAACAAAAGAAAGCUCAAUGGAUUUUAUGGUGAUAACCCUGAUCUUGACAGGAUUAGGACUGAUUUGCUCUGCCAUUUUCCAUUUUGGAACCAAAGAACCUUCAGACGAUUCAGGGAAAAAGAGGCGGUCUACAUUAAUUGCAGAUUAUAUGAGAAAAACCCCCUUCAUACCACUACCUGUUGUCUUACAGUCAUUGGUGUAUUUUGACAGGCAUCAGCAGCGAGAGGAAAAUAUUCGAGAUAGAGUCAUUCACAGUCGACGAUUAUUUGAAGAACAAACCGUUCCUGUUGGAGAAAAGAGUUUUUCCCAAAAUUUUUUGGAAGCCAUAUUUGCAGGAAAUGAAACCAGGGAAGCUACUGAAAAUAAGACCUUAGAAAAACAAAUUUACGAUCCUGCACCGAAUAUGGCUGUUGUGCCGAUGGCAGUCACAAGUGAGAACGACUUGACGUUCGUUAAGACAUUGCCUAAAGAGCGAAAAGUAAGCUUCAGGAUGAGCAUCUUUGAUAGACUCAUGACAAAACAAGAAGAUUCUACAAAAGAAAACGAUGCGAAGCCAAGCAAUGGCAGACCCGUAAAUGACAUAAGCGAAGAGGAUGGUCAGGGAGUAACGGAAAAUGGACAACAAAAGUCAGAAGAAUACAACCAAGGUCACAAACUGAACUUUGGUCUUGACAAUCAAGGAUUCGAUACAAAAGAAACACAGUUUAACCAACAUUCUCAAGAUGUUAGCCAGGAUGAGGGAAAAGCUGUGCCAUCUGUUGCUUCUGAUAUUGAAUCCGCUCGACCACCAACGUUCAUUAAGACAUUGUCUAAAGAGCAAAAAGUAAGCUUCAGGAUGAGCAUCUUUGAUAGACUCAUGACAAAACAAGAAGAUUCUACAAAAGAAAACGAUGCGAAGCCAAGCAAUGGCAGACCCGUAAAUGACAUAAGCGAAGAGGAUGGCCAGGGAGUAAUGGCAAAUGGACAACAAAAGUCAGAAGUGUACAACCAAGUUCACAAACUGAACUCUGGUCUUGACAAUCAAGGAUUCGAUACAAAAGAAACACAGCUUAACCAACAUUCUCAGGAUGUUUGCCAAGAUGAGGGGAAAGCUGUACCAUCUGUUACUUCUGAUAUUGAAUCCGCUCAACCACCAAAACCAAAGGCAGCGAGAACCUGGCUCAAAGAUCCUCAUUUGUACAAGGUCGCAAUUAUUUACGCGUGCACAAAGGGUUCACAGGAUGUGUUUUACGCUUACCUGCCCUUACUCCUGACUGACAAACUGAAAUUUGAAAAAGAAGCGAUUGCCAAUCUGCCAUUGAUAUUGUUAGUGAGCGCCACAUUGUCCACUCAAAUAUCAAGGAAGCUCUCUGGAAAAGUAGGAAAAAAGUGGUCCUUCAUUGUGGCUGCUCUGACGGUGACUGGAUCGUGUAUGUGGUUUCUGCGUAUUACCCAGUCAACAAAAGUGUUCACUUACCCGGCCGUCGUUCUACUAGGGUUUGGGUCCUCUGCCAUGUUUGUUAAUGCGCUUGGCUUUGCAACAGAACUUAUUGGAGACAACAAAGGCAGCUCUGGUUUGGUGAUUUCUGUCGUAGGUACCAUCUCCAAUCUGACCUCAGGAACUCUUUAUAUCGUCAUACAGGUUUUAUUUCCUAAAGGAAGUACAUCUGCCGAUUGCCAAGAGUGUGGGAGUUACGUACAAAAUGUGUUCUCAUUGGUGCCUAGCUCACUCGCUACUUUUAGCUUGCUGCUUGUAAUAGUUUUUCAAGUUAACCAAACAGUCCGCGGGAAAAAAGGAACCAGAAAGGAGACUGGAACAGAGUCCGGCUUUACAACCCAACUAUAAUGUAUCAUUAGAAGAAAAUAAUACGUCGAGAUGCUGGCUGGCUGAACUUGGUGGCAUUUAAUUACGUUUACUUCAUUUGUAUUCUCUAUAAUACUGACUUAAAUUUCAAGCUUGUAUCCUUGUUCUCUUUUAUUUCCUCACUUAUGAAUUUGGCGCUUAUGAACGGAGUGUCAGUAUCGCAGACCGAUUAUCUUCUGAUAAAUUGUUUUCCUCAAAAUGGACAAAUUUGAGCCUUUUUUCUUAAAAGUUUUGUCUCGUGAAAAAAAAAAAAGCAGUUAUGUUAUUUUUUUGCUCUGAUACUCUCUGUUCUAUUAGAUAUUUUUCUAAUAUUGAAAUACAACAAAAUG